AAACCUAUGUAAACCUAACCUUAUCUUUUAUUUGUGUUUUUUUUUUAGUUUGUGCAUUGGAUUGGAUAUAAAUGAAAAAACAAUAUGCUAAAAUAAAGAAAUGUUUAGUAGAAAAGAAAGAUUAGCAGAACGUACUGGGGAAUUUGGCAUUGGAAGAUAUGAAUUUUUAAAACAACUUAUUAAGGAAUUUGCAGAAACAUCCUCAUAUGAAAACAAAAGGCAGACUUUAGCAAAUCUAGCAAAUUUUGCUUAUGAUCCAAUCAAUUAUAAUUUUAUAAAGCAACUUCAUCUAAUUGAUUUAUUUUUGGCAGAACUAUCAAAUGAACAAGAGGAACUUAUACAUUUUGCCUUAGCUGGUAUUUGUAAUCUAUGUGCGGAUCCUGAAAGCAGAGAUUACAUAAUUUCUUUAAAUGGCGUAAAGUUAAUUUCAGAGUUUUUACUUCAUAAAGAUGAAGAAAUCUCUUUGAAUGCCUUGACGUCACUUUAUUAUAUGUAUGAGUCAGAACAUAUAGAAGUAUCAGAAAAUCUAAAACAUACUUUACACAAAUAUAAGCUCAGUUCUAACCCUAGAUUGAAGAACUUAGGUACGGUGUUUUUGGAGACUUAUUUUUCCUCGUGAAUUAAGCAGAGAAUGGCAACGCUCAUUACACGAAGACUCUCGAACACCAUAUCAAAAUUAAAAAGCUUUAAAAUUGGUGAUGAAGUAACAAUUUGUAGAAAUAUUACAAAGGAAGAUAUAGACAAUUUUACACUUCUUAGUGGAGAUACAAACCCCAUACACUCUACUGAUGGACAAGGUUUAGGUGUAGUACAUGGAGCAUUUUUAAAUUGUAUUGUGUCUAGUGUUAUGGGAACUCGGUUACCCGGUCCUGGAACAAUUGUGGUUCACCAAGAUCUGAAUUUUCCUAAUAAAUGUUAC